AAGAAGGAGACAAGAUGAAGAUGUUCUUUGUGAAUGUUUUCCUGCUCUGCUCUUUGUGUGCAGCACAAUUAAGUGAAGUCUCUCAGCCUGAACCUUUGAAAACAGUGAAGAUUGGCCACUCAGCUACUAUUAAAUGCUUCAUAAAGAGCGCAUCAGUGAAAAGAAUGUGGUACAAGGUGACUACAGGGAGGAAACUACAGCUGGUGGUAAAAACUAAUUCUCAGUAUAAUGUGAGAGAGUUCAGUGAUGAAUUUGUUAACCGUUCUUCAGUUAAAUUUGACAUGACUAACAAUCAUCUGACCAUAACUAAAACAUCAUGGGAAGAUGUUGGAACAUAUUUCUGUGGAGUCUUACACAUAAGUGAGGUUCAGUUUGGGUCAGGAACAUUUCUGAUGUUGACAGGUGCAAAGACAACCAGCGGCUCUGUCGUCCAGCAGCCAGAAUCAAAGUCAGUGAGGUCCGGAGACUCUGUGACUCUCAGCUGUUCUCUUCACUCUGCUCAAUGCACAGCAGAACUCACUAGUUUCAUGUGGCUGAAAAACUCGGAUCAUUCUGCUCCAGAGAUGAUUUAUUGCUCUGACAAUAAGAAGAACAGUUUCCAGGGAACUGGCAGAGGACGAACUACCUGCGUGUACAACUUUGUCGUAAGGAGCCGGGAUGACGCUGGGGUCUACUACUGUGCUGUCAAUGCAUGUGGACAAAUACUGCUUGGAAAUGGGACAAGAAUCAAUAAUGAUGGCAUCAAUUAUCAUGAGACACCAAUACUAUGCAUCAUCAUCAUCACCAUCAUCAUGGGUGUUUAUCUGGUUUUCGCUGUGUUCAUGAUCAAGUUUAACUCAGGACCUUCACCUCUGUUCAAGAUUCGAGGUGAAGAAAACCUCAAACUCAAGAUAUCAAAUGAACAGAGAGAUGGUAUCUGGAGUGAAUGUGUGUACUCCAGGGUGAAGCUACACUGAACUGAAGCCGUUACGACUUUGAUGCCACAUGUCUAGACAUGAACUUAUUACUGUAGCUUUGAAAUGUUUAGGCUGUUCUCUAGCUCUUUCUAACAUUAUCCUGCUCGAUCGAUUUAAAGCCUGCUCUUUUUUUUUCUUUGUUUUGUUCUAAAUAAAAUUCUUAUUAUCUAUUCUGUAAGACAGAGGCGUGUGAGAUGAAAGCUGACAUGUUGAUGUAAUCUG